AAAAGAUGGUACCCGUUGCGUCGGAACUGGGCGCGGUACCAGAGAUUUGCCACCAUUUGCAAAUUUGACAGCUGAAAUAAAUAUUGCACAACUUUUGUUGUUUAGAGCUUCUUCUUGCAUCAUUCUUCAGUUAUGGGUGUCAUUAAAGGAAAAAGAGAUUGGCUUGCAUACGGGAUGGAAGAAGAUAUGGAGCAUAUCAUUGAACCAGUAAGUUCAUCAGACAAUGAGUCUGUAACAAAUGUUCCAGUAUCCACCCCACGUAGAAGGGCACAACGCCCAAAAAUGCGCAACAUGGAAACAAGUAUCUCAGACCAUAUUAAUAGUAGAAGGAAAGGACAGAAACAGGCCAGAAGAUGUGAUAAUUUGAAGGAAUUGAUCAAUAUGGUUGAAAAGGAGGAUAUUGAAUUAGAUUUCAAUAUUUUUGAGCCAACUAUCUCAGCUUUUGCUGAACUCUUCAAUGAGCAUGAAAAGAUGAAGGCUUGGAAUGACUUUGUCAAUUCAACAGAGGAAGAACAGAUGGAACUGUUGGAGGGUGAUUGUAAUCACACUGGUAACCAUGGUAACUGUGAGGAAACAAGUGACCUUGAAAACAACAACAGUGACCUUGACAAUUCAUGGGAAUAUGUGGAAGAUAAGCGAAGAACCCAUCCAUCAUUCAGUGCUGAGGAAUGCUUCCAGAAAAUUGACAAGAAUAUUCGAACUAUGUUGAAAAGAAGGCAUAAGCCAAUGGGGCUAUUGGUCAGUAUAGAAGAAGAGAUAGUAAAUUUCUUCAAGGAGUGGCCACAGUCUGUUUACAUCUCUAAACUGUCCAGCAGUUAUGAGCGAAUGAUGUUGCAUGCCCUCUGCCAAUAUCUAGAUCUUAUUUCAAAAAGUUAUGACUGUGAUGGUCUACGCCAGACUCAGAUAGAGAAUCCACAGCCUCGUUUUACACCUCCUCCAGUACUCCUCACUCACUACCUGGAACACAGUCGUUUGUCAUGACAAAAUAUUGGAGUCGUAACUGCACCCCCAGCAUUUUUAGUCUUUGUUGUUUUACAUAUUUGUAUUUUAUAAUGUAUUGAGAAUGAUAUUUCAUGGAUUGUUUAUGAAUUUCUUUUUUUUUCAUUGAAAGUGUUUUUAAGAAAAUCUGUAUUGAAAUAUUUGGAUUAUCCAUAAAAAAGAAUUAAUAAAAUUAAACAAGUAUAAUAGUACAUGUGAGAGGAAUUUGAAUUAUUUUGCCUAUCUACUGUGUUAGAUAAGAUUAUAUGUAUUAUCCAUUUGUCUCAUAUUCUUAGCAUACCAAGUGCUCUCCAUUAAAAGUGUGACAGAAA